UUUAAAAGAGGUCUGACUUUAUUAUUUACGUUAAUUUGAAGAAAAAUUAUAUUUUUAAUUUGGUUGAGGUGACACAUUCUUGACAACUGACAUUGAGCGAAAUACUGAAAUUUUUGAAUAAAUGGUAUAGAAAAGCUCUUGACAACAAAUAUUCACAUAGUAUAUUAUUAAGUUCCCGAAAAUGGAUGCUAUGGAAUCAGGGUCUAGUGAGGUGACUGAUCAUUCGAGUAAAAAUUACAUGAAGGUGGUUUCGGAGCCCGCGUUGCUUCAUGACGAAGUCGAGCGUGAGACUAAAUUGAAACCGCAAGUUUCCGCACCUUCUUACUUUCAUUCUUUAAGCGAGAACGAAGCACCACCGUUCACGAUACCAGAGGAAGAAGACAGUCCUCACAUCCUGAUUGACAUACUGGUUACCGAAGAAGAUGUAGUGAGGAUGAUUGCGGUCUCUCAAAUGGAAUCUAAAUCGACAUUUAAAAAAUAUCUAGCUGACUAUUUAGGAGACAAGAAUUUAGUUGUAAACUUCAAUUUAUCAGAGAAGGAGUUCUUAGUAAACUUACUUCUGCAACUGAUAGAGUACUCGGCGCAGCGGGACUUUAACGCUAAAAAGUUAGCUUGUGUAUUAGCGAUUUAUUUAACUACUCAUUUAUAUUUUAAACGAUACUUUUACACUGCGCCUACGGCAGUGUGGGAAUAUUUCAAAGAAACACUGAUUCGUCAUACCAUAGAGGUAAGUUUUUUUUAA